AUGGCUACUUCUGCUUCUUCAUUUUCCUGGGCUUCAUUUUUGAAGUCUAUUGCCUCUUUUAAUGGAGACUUGGCUUCUCUUACAGCUCCCCCUUUCAUUCUUUCUCCUGUUUCUCUUACUGAGUACACUAAAUUUUGGGCAGAAAACUAUCCUGAUUUCAUUGCAAUUUCCAAAGAAGAGGAUCCUGAAAAGCGAUUUAUUAAAGUCGUUAAAUGGUUUAUUGGAACUUUAAAAGAGCAAUAUUGCAGUAGAAAUGAAAAGCUCGGAUCGGAAAAGAAGCCUCUUAAUCCCUUCCUUGGUGAGGUUUUUACCGGCCAAUGGAAAGACGCUGAUUUGGGCGACACUAACCUUGUAUCUGAACAAGUCAGUCACCAUCCUCCUGUUACUGCAUAUUCGAUCUGGAAUGACAAGAAUAAACUAUCUUUAGAAGGUUAUGUUGGAAUUAAAGCUUCUAUUUCGACCCAAGCCAUUUCUGUCCGUCAGUACGGCCACUCAGUUCUUACCCUUGCCGGUUUUGGAGAUGAGAAAUAUUUAAUUACUCUUCCAGCUCUUCACAUUGAGGGAAUUUUGUUUGGUAAGCCUUAUGUUGAGCUUGAAGGUAAAAGUUUCAUUCAGUCAACCACUGGCUAUAAGGCCACUAUUGAAUACAGUGGUAAGGGUUACUUUUCUGGCAAGAAGAACACAUUCAAAGUAAACAUUGUCCAAAACGAUAAACCCAGUGCUACUCUCUAUAAUAUCAAGGGUCAAUGGAGUGGUGUUUCCAAGAUUUCUGGACCCAAUUUUCCUGAGCAAGUUUUUUUGGAUGCUACUAAACAGCAAGUUCUUGAACUCCAAGUUAAGGACAUUUCUCAGCAAAAUGAGUUUGAAACUCGUAAAGCCUGGCUCAAGGUUGCUGAAGCAAUUAAACUUGGUGACUAUGAGUUGAUUCAUAAGGAGAAGUCUGAGAUUGAGAUAAAUCAGCGCAUUUACCGCAAAAGAGAAGAGCGUGAUGGUAAGACUUGGCCCCGAAGAUGGUUUGACACCGUCUUAGUUAAGGAUGAAGCUUGGUAUGAGAAGCUUUCUGCUGACGCCGGUGUUGUCGCUGGUACUGCGCAUUCCAGCAGCAGCACAGAAACCAAAAAGGCUGAUCGUGAAGUUGAUACCAAUUGGAGAUUUUCUAAACAAAAGUAUCUGGAAAGCCCUAUUCGACCUGAUGUUAACGAGACCUUCCCUGAUGUUAUCAGCCAGUACUUGCAUGAGCUCCAAGAGGAGGAGCCUGUAGCUAAUGAAGACGAUCUUAAAAAGGAAGAGGCGGUCCCUGAGGGAACCGUCUAA